AUGACCAAAGGCUCCGUCCUCAUAACCGGCUGCAGCGACGGCGGCAUCGGCUCCGCCCUCGCCCUCGCCUUCCAAGCAAAGAACUACCACGUCUUCGCCACAGCACGCGACACACGCAAGAUGAACGCUCUGCGCGAUCUCCCCAACGUCACGCUCCUCACCCUCGACGUGACAGACCCAACACACAUCCCCACCGCCGUAGACACCGUCCGCAACCACACAGACGGAUCACUAACCUACCUCAUCAACAACGCCGGCCGAAACCACUUCACGCCGGUGCUGGACGAGGAUCUAGACGCCGCGCGCCGAAUCUACGAGACGAACGUCUUCGGUCCGCUGGCGCUUACCAAGGCGUUUGCGCCGCUGGUGAUCAAGGCGCGGGGGAGCAUGGUGUUUAUUACUUCGAUUGCGGGCUAUGUGAAUACGCCGUACAUGGGAGUGUACAGCGCCUCCAAGCGCUCCCUGGAGAUCAUCGCCGAGACCCUCCGCCUGGAAAUGGCCCCGUUCGGCGUCAGAGUUCUGUCGGUUGUGACCGGGGCGGUGAGAACGAAUGGGCAGGCGUAUUUUGAUGACCUCCAGCUCCCCGAGGACUCGCUGUACAAGCCUAUCGAAGAGACUGUGGCUGCUCGAGCGCGCGGCGAGGACGGCGUGGCGCGUAUGCCAGCAGAGGAGUAUGCGGGGCAUGUGGUGAGGGCGAUCACGGCUGGCAGACAGGGGAAAUUCUGGUGUGGGAAUAUGGCUGGGAGUGUUUGGUUUGGGUCGACGUAUUUGCCGCAGUGGAUGAUGGAUACUGGUAUGGCGAAGGGGACGGGGUUGGAUCAGUUGGGUGACAAUGCUGCAAAGAAGGACUAG